ACUGUCAAAACAUCUGUUUUUUGUUAUUGUUUAUAAUUCAAUGUUAAAUCAAAUGGCAAUAUUGUCCGAAUGGUGUAAUUAAGAUAAACAAAAUUAAACCAAAACGAAUUUCCGCAAGACAAUUCAAGUGCAUCAGUUUAAACAAUCCGAUUCUUUUCAUAGUAAAUUCAAUUAAUUGAAUGUUUCCCCUUUGUGGUGAGAUGGGUGAGAUCCCUUUGUCAAAGCAUUCAACUUAACGAAAAAAUAAGUUUAAUAUGGAACAACAACAAAAAAAAAUUUUUGGUCUCUGUCAACACCAAAGUUUUUUCUUUUGAUUCUUUUUGCCCAUUCUAGGCAUAAUUUGUGAUCAAAAUAUUCGCAAAAAUUAAUUCUUACAACGCGAAGAAAGCAUUCCAUUAGACGAACAUCGAAUACAAAUUAAGUGGAAGGAAAAUUUCAAACAAAUAAACUGCAAUCCUUGUGCAACCUCUCUGGUCGACAGUACAAUAGUUUUUUUUCUACUAUUUUGACUUUGAGAGAUGAUUAUUUUUGGAUUUGUGGGCUUGUGAAAUUUUUUUUAUAAAAAUACUUGUGAUAAAAUGGUGAUGCAAUCAAAUUCGUGAACAAGAACAAAUGAGCAUGAUCCGAAAACAUGCUACAAUGUGAAUGAAUUCUGUAAAGCAAUUGCAGUUUUGCAGUUUUGCUAACUGCAUUAUACACGAGAAAGAAAUUAUUUUUUUUUUUAACUUUCAUCUAAAGUGGUUUUGAUUACACAUAUUUCGUCUAUCUUGUCGAUAGAAAUUACAGUGAAUAAAAUAAAAAAGAGACAGACUUGUCAAACGUUCGAUCGCGAUACAAAUUCUUGAUAUUUUUGCAAAAACGCUCUGCCAUCGUGCUGCAUAUAAACAAGAAAUAUAAUGAGUGGACGUGUGCGUCUCAAAGAGAACGGUGUUCUCGAUGAAGAAUUUACGUUGCUGGAAAUUGUUUUCAAAUAUUUAUCGAAAAAUUUGGUUGUCACCAGCAGUAAUGAUUGGAAUGACGAUUUGUUGACAACGGAGAAAUAUUUCAUUGAAAAUGUUCAACUAAAUGGACCAAUCGUCAUUCCGAAUGAAAUAUGUGAUAGAUUUAUAAAGUACCACCAAGACUGCAAUCAAACGGUUACCAAUCAAUUCAUGUUCAUAUUUCAUGAUGUGCAUCGGACGCCGUUAAAAUAUGUUUCGAUUCGUGAGUCCACAAUUACGGACGACGGAUUGAAAGUGCUACUGCGACACAAUUUAGCGUCGCUGUCGCUGUGGUAUUGCGACAAUAUAACGACAGAAAGCUGGAACACUCUCGUCGAGCAUGGUCGCAAUCUACGCGAACUGGAAUUGGGUCGGUCGGUUGACAUGCUGAAGCACAGUGCACUGAUUUCGAAAGAGUUCGAGUUUCAGUUGUUGCUACCAAAUUUGAGACGACUCAAAAUUAACACGAUAACGUUGCUGUCGAAUUUACAGUUUAGUCAUCUCACGGAAUUGACUCAUUUAGAUCUAAGUGGAUGUACAUUCAAUGGAUUUAGUUUAAAUGCUAUAGUGAAUCUUCCAAAUUUAACAACCCUAAUUUUAUUUAAUAUACGAACAAUUGAAACCGAGUUACCUGCACUGUGUAUGAUGAAUAAAUUGACCGCAUUGGACAUAUCCACCUGUUCGAAUGGAACUAAUGGUAACGGUCACUACGAAAAUCCGAAUCAGUUUCUAGCUACAAUAAUUGAGAGUUUGCCGAUGCUGACACAUUUAGACAUAUCUGGAACGAAUUUGGCCGGCACGGGUGUAGCUCAGUUCAAAGCAAGCGAUUCAAUCAAAAGUUCGGACAUACCGGGGCUAGUCAGCCGUGCAACGAAUCCUUUACAGUUCUUAGGUCUUUACAAUACUGCACAUUCAGCGUGCCGACGAUACGAUAUUCCAGCCAUUACGAUUUCCGGCGAAGCGAACGAAGAACAAAUUCUAACCUCGGCUGUAGUUUAUCAGGAUCGACCAAUAAUGCUCACUAAGGUUCUCAAUGACCUGUACCAUCUUCUACGAUUUGAGACAUGCAAAUCAAUACAUCGUGCACUCGAUGUUGUAUUAUCUGCUAUGGACAGACACUUGCGAAACAAACACAUGCAAAUAUCCGGAAGUGCAACAUUAUUCUACAUAGUCAAAGGUCGUGAUAAGAGCAAGUUCGGAACGCCUUUGAAAAAUCACAUAAUCCGAACAUUACUCAAUGGUAUGUCGUCACAUCAAAGUGAUGAUACAAUGAUGCGAAAUGGUUGUUUAACAUUGUGCCAAUUCUCUAUUCCGAAUGAUGUGUUAUUCGAAUACGAAAGAUUAGUUAAGAUCCUGUUGCAUGGAGUGUCGGAUUCGGAACAGGAAGGUUUCGUUCAACGGAUUGCAAUUUAUUUGCUCAAUUCAUUGGCUUGCCAGGUGGAUGGUCGACAGAAAUUAUUUCUCGGUGAUUUAGGAGCGAUUUCGACAAUGUUGGCCUUGAUAAACGACAGAUUGACCCGGAAGGUAUUCGAUGACGUAAUGGAAGUGGCAUGGUCGACGAUGUGGAAUGUUACCGACGAAACGCCUAGAAAUUGCAAGAGAUUUUUGGAUGGUCACGGAAUGGCAUAUUUCCUAGGAUGUUUGAAUUGCUUCCCCGAGAAAGAAGAAUUACUCCGAAAUAUGAUGGGACUGCUGGGAAAUGUUGCUGAAGUGAAAACUCUACGUCACCGCCUAAUGACAUCGGAGUUUAUUCAGGUCUUCACGGAUUUAUUGGAAUCGUCAAGUGAUGGGAUUGAGGUGAGUUAUAAUGCAGCCGGCGUAUUAGCGCACAUAGCAUCGGAUGGUGCUGAAGCUUGGGAUAUAGAAAACCCAUCACGUAAAGAUGUUCUGACAAAAAUGGUGAACGCUAUCGAACGAUGGAAUCUGAGUGCCGAGCGUAACAUCAAUUAUAGAAGCUUCGAACCGAUUCUUGGCUUAGUGCGAUGUUACGAAACGCCGGAAUGUCAACAUUGGGCGGUGUGGGCAUUAGCAAAUUUAACAAAAGUUUAUCCACACAAAUAUUCCCGUUUGGUGGAAGAAGAGCAUGGACUCGACUUAUUGUUGGAAUUACUCGAUCAUCCGCUUCCAUAUACUCGUAUAAAAGACCUGUCCCAAAUGGUUCUAGACAAUUGCUAUCGAAUAAGUAGACCAACACGUAAGAACAACCAUCAAACUAUGAAUCAAAUGAUUUUAGACGGAUAACAAAGCUCGCGUUCCAACAAAAUUUUUCAAAUUCAAUUUCAAGCAAUCCAUUUGAACACCAAUCAGAUUAUAUUGAGAUUUUCGUUUUUUUUUUCUUUUUUUUUGUUACUUUUGUUUAAUGGUAUCGAAUCGAUGCUCUCAUUUCGUAAUUCUUUUUUUUUCGUUGUUAAUUUGUCGCAUUUUCACCGAAAUUCUUUGCUUACAAAUACACACACGCUAACAUUUUGAUUAAAGAACAGUGCGCGUUACUUUAAAACAAAAAAAAAAUUGAAAAUUAGCCGAAGUGAAUGAAUGGUCAAAACCAAAAAAGGAAGGUAAAACAAAAUUGAGUGAAAAUGGACGUUUUGGGUUCGAGUGGACCAUAUUUAUUUGGUACUAAGAAUGAAAAGAGAAAGAAAAACCCAACCAAGAAACACAAACUUUAUGUAAAUAAAAUUGGCAGUUUGGAAAUAA